CCCCCAUCUCACCCCGAGUUUAAACUUUAUUUUGUGUUUAUCAGUUUUUGUCAUCUAUGCUUGUUUGGCACUUUUCCCAGAGGGAAUCCUCUGGUGAUUUGACUGUUCCCUUUUUCGUUGUUGUUUAGAUUAAUUUUGACCUUUUGCUGAGUUCCUUCCCUUUUCUCUAAAUUUUAAAUUCAUUUGUAGCUAGUGAUGCUCUUUCUUUCGAGCCUUGUGGUGUUUUGGAGCCGGGAGAGGAAGGUGGAUGGGUAAUGUUUUCAUUUAUAUUUAAGGAGGUUUGAUAACUCUUCAUAAAGGAAGCACAAUUCCCAAGGAAGAGAAGAGAGGACUAAUUUUUGCUUGGUUCUUCCUGAAAAGGACUCCAAUUUCCUUCAAAUGUUAUGUGCCUUCUCCAGGAGGGGCGGCAGGGAGGGAGAAAUGGCCACAAGGUUGCUGCCAGCCCAUGUGCAGAAUGAUUUCAAGUGCUUCUCUCGUUCGGCCACUGUGCCUCAUCUUCCCGGGGGCACAGUGCUUCCUUCACAGAAGGAGUCUGUGACGUUCAGGGACGUUGCUGUGUUCUUCAGCCAGGACGAGUGGCUGCGCCUGGACUCUGCACAGAGAACCCUGUACCGGGAGGUGAUGCUGGAGAACUAUGGCACCCUGGUCUCGCUGGGAAUUCUCUUUUCCAAACCAAAGGUUAUCUUCCAGUUACAGCAAGGGGAAGACCCCUGGAUGGUGGAAAAUGGAGUUUCUCAAGACCCACGUGUAGGAUGGGAGAGCUUGUUUGAAACUGCAGUUUCUGAAGAAGACAAUCAGGAAGUAAUGAAUAAACUCCUAGGUGAUGGUCCGUUUGACUUCAAGUUGGGGAAAACCUACGUAAAUGAGGACAAGCUAGAGAAGCAGCAAGGCAAAAAGAACAAACCUUUCAGGAAAGUUUUAGUUACCAUCAAGAAUACGUACCUUAGGGAGAAGAGCUUUAUGGGUAUUGAGCUAGGGAAAAAUCUCAGUCUAAAGUCAUCCCUUGUUAGAAAACCCAGACUCGUUUCCAGGGGAAGGAAACCCCAUUCACAGCAGUAUUCCAUUCUGUUUAAACAAUUGGGAGUCAACACGGUUCGCAAAUGUUACAAAUGUAACAUCUGUGGGAAAAUCUUCCUCCACAGUUCUUCCCUGAGUAAACAUCAGAGAAUCCACACUGGAGAGAAGCUCUAUAAAUGCAAGGAAUGUCGUAAAGCUUUCAGCCAAAGCUCGUCUCUCACUCAGCACCUUAGAGUUCACACAGGAGAGAAACCUUACAUAUGCAGUGAAUGUGGGAAAGCCUUCAGUUUCACCACCUCUCUCAUUGGACAUCAGAGAAUGCACACUGGAGAGAGACCCUAUAAAUGCAAUGAGUGUGGCAAGACAUUUAAAGGAAGUUCAUCCCUGAAUAAUCACCAACGGAUUCAUACUGGAGAAAAGCCCUAUAAAUGUAAUGAAUGUGGGAGAGCCUUUAGCCAGUGCUCCUCUCUGAUUCAGCAUCACAGGAUUCACACUGGAGAGAAACCUUAUGAAUGUAGUCAGUGUGGGAAAGCCUUUACCUCAAUAUCGCGGCUAAGUAGACACCAUAGAAUUCAUACUGGAGAGAAACCCUUUAAUUGUAACGAGUGUGGGAAAGUAUUCAGUUACCACUCAGCUCUUAUUAUACAUCAGAGAAUUCACACUGGUGAGAAACCUUAUGCAUGUAAAGAAUGUGGGAAAGCCUUCAGCCAAAGCUCUGCUCUGAUACAGCAUCAAAGAAUUCAUACAGGAGAAAAACCCUACAAAUGCAACGAAUGUGGGAAGGCUUUCUCCUGGAUUUCACGGCUUAAUAUACACAACAGAAUCCAUACCGGAGAGAAACCGUACAAUUGUAAAGAAUGUGGAAAAGCCUUCAGUUCCCACUCAGCAGUUAACACUCAUCGAAAAAUUCAUACUGGAGAGAAACCUUAUAAAUGUAAUGACUGUGAAAAAGCCUUCAACCAAAGCUCAGCUCUCAUUCAGCACCAGAGAAUUCAUACUGGAGAGAAACCAUUUAACUGUAAAGUAUGUGGGAAAGCCUUCAGACAGAGUUCCUCCCUCAUGACACACAUGAGGAUUCAUACAGGAGAGAAGCCUUAUAAAUGUAAAGAAUGUGGUAAGGCUUUUAGUCAGAGCUCAUCCCUUACCAAUCACCAGAGGACUCACACUGGAGAGAAACUAUAAAUAAAACGCAUGUGGAAAAUCUUGCAACUGAAGUUCAUUUCAUACUAAAUUUCAAAAACUUCAUCCUGGGCAGAAAGUGAUGAAGGGUAGUUGAUUGUGAGUUAAACUUCAGAAUUUAGACCACCUCAAAUGAGACUUCAUGAUGCAGGUAACCUUAGGUAUAUUAGGAAAGCUUCUAUAAAGUGUUAUCCCCCCCCCCCAUAGCUUUUCAAGUAGAGAGUUUGUAAGGUUCUUUUCUCUUCUUCCUGGGGAUAUUGUGACGAGAGCCCCCCCAGCUUUCGCAAGCGUCACAGGGAAGCAUGUUGAUUUAUGUUGAAGUGCAGCCAUAAAAUCCAGACUUUAGAUUAUGGAGGAAUCUAUUUUUUUGAAACAUUUAAGUGUUAUGCAAGCCAGUUAUGCUCAGAAGAAUGUUUUGGAGAAGAAAUGUAAGCAGGUGACCUGUACUACCUCAUUGUCACUAAAAUGUGUUUUUUAAUAGUUUCAAAGAAAAUUCUGUACUUGGUCGUUGUGGAAACUUUUGUGUUGCUUCUUUUCUGCUUUCCAGGCCAUUUACCUGAAAAGAAAAUCACUCUGUAAACUCUGCGGGCACACAGUCCUGUGAGUUUUCUCCCUAUUUGUUCCAAACUCUGAAGCAGAUCUAAAAUCAUUUUAUUUUAAAUCACAAAAUGCAUGGUAUUUCACUUGGUUUUAUCCGAAAGUGAUUACCUGAAUUAAAGGUUAUUCAGACAA